AUGGCUUACCAUUACGUAGUUACUGCACAGAAGCCUACCGCUGUAACAGCAUGUAUUACAGGAAACUUCACAUCUCCAACCGAUUUAAACCUUCUUGUCGCGAAGGUAUCUCGGUUGGAAAUGUACCUCGUUACACCGGAAGGUUUACAUCCUAUGAAAGAAGUUGGACUUUAUGGAAAAGUUGCUAAAAUGAAGUUAUUCAGACCUCCUUAUGAGAAUAAAGAUCUUGUAUUUAUUCUGACUGCUCGCUACAAUGCUAUGAUUCUCGAGUGGAGGACUGGUCCCAAUGGAGAUUUGGAGGUGGUCACACGGGCUCAUGGAAAUGUUGCUGAUAGAAUCGGUAAACCCUCAGAAAAUGGUAUACUAGCUGUCAUAGAUCCACAAGCAAGAGUUAUUGGACUUAGAUUAUAUGAUGGGCUAUUUAAGAUUAUUCCUUUGGAUAAAGAUUCUACUGAGUUAAAAGCAGCAAGUCUAAGAUUGGAAGAGUUGAAUGUAUAUGACUUAGAGUUUCUCCAUGGCUGUGCUAAUCCUACACUUAUAUUAAUUCAUCAAGAUCUCAAUGGACGACAUAUUAAGACACGUGAAAUAAAUUUAAGGGACAAAGAGUUUAUCAAGGUCCCAUGGAAACAAGAUAAUGUUGAAACUGAAGCCUCAAUAUUAAUUCCAGUGCCAAGUCCUCUAGGGGGAGCCAUUGUUAUUGGACAAGAGUCAAUCGUUUAUCAUGAUGGACAAAGUUAUAUUGCUGUAUCACCACCACAAAUAAAGAUGACGCAAAUAAAUUCUUACUGUCGUGUCGACACGCGAGGCUUGCGAUAUCUUUUGGGCGAUAUAGCUGGUCGGCUCUUUAUGCUUCUCUUAGAACUGUACGAACGGGCGGACGAUACGAUGGCCGUCAAAGACCUCAAAGUGGAGUUACUUGGUGAAAUCCCCAUACCUGAAUGUAUGACAUACUUGGACAACGGCGUUGUCUUCAUUGGUUCUAGACUAGGUGACUCCGCCUUAGUCCGUCUCUCAGCAGCCAGAGACGACUCGAACCAGUAUGUGAAGGUGAUGGAAACCUUCACCAGCCUAUCACCCAUUGUGGAUAUGUGCGUAGUGGAUUUGGAGAGGCAGGGGCAGAAUCAGCUUAUUACAUGUUCCGGAGCAUUCAAAAUGGGCUCUCUUCGUAUAAUUCGGAAUGGAAUUGGCAUUCAAGAGCAAGCAUCGAUCGAUCUGCCGGGCAUCAAGGGAAUGUGGGCGCUCACACUAGCGCAAGCGUCGCCCUACCAUGACACAUUAGUUCUCGCCUUUGUGGGACAAACCAGGGUAUUGACACUUAAUGGAGAAGAAGUUGAAGAAACUGAAAUCAAAGGCUUCGUAUCAGACAGACAGACAUUCUUUACUGGCAAUGUGUCUCACAAUCAACUUAUACAGGUGACAGAUGAAGGUGUCCGCUUAAUAGCCAACACAGACGACAAAUGGGCUCUAGCGGCGUCGUGGCAGCCGGGCGGCGCACGCGCAAUAUCCGUAGUUGCCUGUUCCAAUACACGCGUCGUGCCCGCCGCUGGAAAUCGCAUUUUCCUACUAGCUAUUGGCGACCGGGAACUAACUCUGCUCUCUGAGGUGUGUAUGGAAGAAGAGGUGGCCUGUCUUGAUCUCGGACCUGGCGAUGAAGAAGCUCUGCUCGGAGUCGGAUUGUGGACAGACAUCUCGGUCAGAGUGCUAAAACUACCAGAUCUGAGACCUCUGCAUACUGAAAAAUUAUCUGGAGAAAUAAUUCCCCGUUCACUGUUGAUCUGUGUUCUGGAGGGCGUGUGCUAUCUGCUGUGUGCCCUUGGAGAUGGUUCCAUGUUCUACUUCACUGUGGAUCCUGUGACUGGUGCCCUAGCUAACAGAAAGAGAGUCACCCUGGGGACACAGCCAACUGUGCUCAGAAGUUUCAGAUCUCUAUCCACGACAAACAUAUUCGCCUGCUCUGACCGACCAACUGUCAUCUUCUCUUCGAAUCACAAGCUAGUCUUCUCAAACGUGAACCUGAAGGAAGUUACACACAUGUGCUCGUUGAAUGCGCAGGCAUACCCCGAUAGUUUGGCGCUAGCGACAGACAGCACGGUAACAAUUGGCACCAUAGAUGAAAUACAGAAGCUGCACAUCAGGACUGUUCCAUUGAACGAGACGCCCAGACGAAUUGCGUACCAGGAAGCCACACAGACGUUCGGCGUAGUUACCAUGCGUGUAGAUAAGCUGGAAUGGACGUCAGGUUCCGGCAGCACAUCGGUGUCAGUUCGUGGCAGUGCAUCCACUUCGGCCGCAAACAUAAGCGGCGCGCCCCUAGCUCAGCCCAAGCAUGCGCCGCUCGCGCAACCGAAACACGCCCCGGCCGCUGUCGACUUGGAGAUAUACAACCUGCUUAUAAUCGAUCAUCAUACUUUUGAAGUACUGCACGCGCAUCAGUUGAUGGCCAGUGAGUUUGUGCUGUCGCUGGUUUCUUGUAAGCUGGGGGACGACCCCGCUCACUAUUACGCCUUAGGGACUGCCAUACUAAACCCUGAAGAAUCUGAACCCAAACAGGGCCGAAUAAUAUUAUUCCAAUGGUCGGAAGGAAAGUUAACGCAAGUAGCGGAAAAAGAGAUAAAAGGUGCCUGUUAUACGCUGGUAGAAUUCAAUGGAAAACUACUAGCGUCAAUCAAUAGUACUGUAAGAUUAUUCGAGUGGACGUCAGACAAAGAAUUGCGCUUAGAGUGCAGUCACUUCAACAAUAUCGUAGCUCUAUAUCUUAAGGUCAAAGGCGACUUCAUAUUAAUUGGCGAUCUCAUGCGGUCCAUGUCAUUACUACAGUACAAGCAGAUGGAGGGUAGUUUCGAAGAAAUAGCACGCGAUUACAGUCCGAAUUGGAUGACUGCCAUAGAAAUAUUAGACGAUGACACUUUCCUAGGAGCUGAGAAUAGUUCAAAUUUAUUUGUCUGUCAAAAGGAUAGCGCAGCGACGACGGAUGAAGAGCGUCAACAAAUGGGGUACAUGGGCCAGUUCCAUCUCGGCGACAUGGUCAACGUUAUGCGGCUGGGCUCGCUGGUUGGCCAACACGCAGAUACAGCGGCCCCCGUGCAGAAUCCCGCCACACUAGCCACAGUUAAUGGGGCCAUAUGUCUAGUCGUCCAAUUAUCACAAGAGCUAUACGAUUUCUUACACCAACUGGAAGAGAGGCUCACGCACACGAUCAAGUCGGUCGGUAAGAUCCCGCACGCGUUUUGGAGAUCGUUCAAUACCGAUAUCAAGACAGAACCGGCAGAGGGCUUCAUAGACGGAGACCUGAUCGAAAGUUUCCUGGAUCUGAGUAGGGAAAAGCAACAGGAGAUUGUCCAGAUGGGAUUGCAGAUCGACGAUGGCGGCAUCAUGCGAAAGGCGACAGUGGACGACCUCAUAAAAAUCGUCGAAGAUUUAACGCGAAUACAUUAA